AUGGACCCCGAAACAGCACUGGCCCAUUGGACACGACUAAGCAAGAAAAGCACCAAAGAUUUUAUAAAGACCAUCCAGGAGGAUAUCAUCGCAUCUGACAACAUCCAGGAUCCGGUCUUUGGCAAGAAAAAGUCAACCUAUGUCGACUGGAUUGGGUCGAACAGGGCGCUCCGAACUUUUGAGAGCAUCAUCAAUGAAACUGUCCUUCCGUAUUGCGCCAGCACACAUUCGCACACCACCUCAACAUCUCGGUCAACAGCUGCUGCUAUACACCACUCACGUGCUGCCGUUGCUAAGAGCCUUAAUGCUCAAACUGUGAAAGGACAUCAGCACGAAGCUGUUGUCAUAUUCUGUGGCGGUGGUGCUGCGCCAGCAAUCCUCAAGCUCAGGGAUACGUUUAGACUUGCAGAUGAAGCAUUUUGGACUCAAAUGUCGGCCGUUGAUCAACAGCGCGUAACAGCUAGUCAGGCCACCCCAUCAACUACUGCACCUCUGUUCGUGGAAUCGUUUGAUCGUUUGCCUUCAGGAUCUCGACCGGUCGUGUUUAUAUCCGCUCAAGAAAACGACUACAACAUCGUACCAUGGAGAGACAGCGUCGCGGACGUGGUGGUGAUUCCAGAUACUGCAGAUUGUGUCCCGGACCUGAGACAACUCGAAGAGCAAUUGGUUCUACACUGGGAAAGACCUCUGAAACUAGGAUCCUUUUCUGCCGGCAGCGGCUUGACCGGCGUCUUGAACAACACUGUAGCGAUUGCAGAAAUACUGCAUAAAUACGAUGCACUCGCAUUCUUUGACUACUCAGAAGUAGGCGCCUACACUCCAAUCGACAUGAACCCUCGCCCGAGCAACAGCUAUACCAUGAUGCGCGACAGCAGGGCCUACAAGGACGGCGUCUUCAUCAACCCGAACACCAUGCUCGGAGGCCUUGGUUCAUCUGGAAUCCUCGCCGCGCGGCUCGAGAUUUUUUCUUGGACAGAGCGGCAUGGCCCCAUGGAGAGGAGCAAGUAUAUUCCAGCGAGACCAGGUGUUGGAGCAGUCGACUUUGCCAUGCGACGGAUACACAAGUACGCCGAUAGCGUGGUCGUUCGAGAGGAGGCAGAUACCCCCAACACCCUGGCAAACAUUCGAGCAGGUCUCACAUUUCGGUUGCAACAGAUCAUGAACCCGAGACUUAUCCUGGCCAAGGAGAACUGGCACGCAGCAGAGGUUUUUCAGCGACUCUCCAACCCUGGCAACAACAUCGUGAUUCUGGGCACACCCAAGAUUGAACGCAUUGCGUUGUUUUGUGUAACGGUCUCCGUCCCUCAGCUGUCGACUCCCCUGAAGCAGCUGCAGAUCCACUAUUCGUUGCUGGGCAUGAUCAUGAACGAUUUCUUUGGAGUCGAGAUGGGUUGUGGACGCGUGGCUGCUGGACCCUAUGCCAUGGAGCUCCUCAAGGUUAACACUAUCAAAGAAAAGGCCAUGUGGAAUCUCUUACUUGGAAAUAUUGCUGAUGAGAAGGGAAGGUUCGGGGACCGAUGGGGCUCCAGGACAAAUGUUGGAUGGAGCAGCGCAGCGAGAGACGGUGAGCCAGGAAAUGAUGACAUCCAUGUGGACAAAUUGUCCUUGCCAUUCAUGAAGCCUGGGUUCGUACGGUUUAACUUUCCUCAUUUCGCGCGCGAGAAGGAUGUUGAUUUUGUAUUGGAAUCACUCGAAUGGGUUGCGCAGUACGGAUUUUUACUGAUUCCGCUCUACCGCCUGGACACGAUGUCCGGCACCUGGUCGGUGCGUCCAGUCGUCCGCCAUGCGAUCUGUCGGUCCUUGAACUCCAAGCGACUCAACAGCGGAAAUCGUGCUGACUAUAUCCGGGUGGCAACUGAUUGUAUCUACGGCCUUCAGACACUAUUCAAGUUACAGCAAAAGGAGAUUUUGGACAACACUUCUUCAUCACCCUAUGCACCCUCCGAAACUGCCCCUACUGGAGUGUUUCACCCUCUCAACCAAGCAAGAAGAUCCCUCCGCAACCUCUUUUCCGGGAGCAGGACUCACCUGCCGUCUUCAAGUGCUAGCCUUGCGAUGUCCACAACGAACGUGCCUCAGACGAUACCCUCGCCAUACCCACACCAAGAAAAUUUUUCGUUUAUUGGUCUUCACGCGAACAACUCGUCCAUGUCUAUGACGUACUACCCACCUCUCCCGACCCACGCCCUGAUGGAGGAUGCCAGUCCAUUAGGACGAGGUGGCGGUCCCUCCAGCGCAGAUUUGUCGAUCGAGGUGCUAUCCGGUACGGAUUCCAGUCCCCGAUCCUUCGGUAGUUCGUCUGGCACUACCGCUGUUGCGAUAUCACCGCCCAAGUGGUAUCGGCAGUCCACCUCCGAUACGAUCACGAAGGACGCUUUAGAGGAGUUAUCAUGGGCGAGACUUGAGGCUGAGCUCAGUGCUAUUGAGACAAGUGCGCUCGCGAAGCAGCUGCGAUGGUUUGUCAGUCCAUUGGAGGUAGCAGAGCUCUACGUAAGCAAUUACUCAGCCGGGCCUGGAUCGUUACCCUGUUUCCCCCCACGAAUCGCCAAGAAGAAUGGCUGUAAAGGCUAG